AUGUGGUCUUUUAACAUUGUUCCAAAACUUCUCAUUGUGACUUCUAUCUUUAAAGGAGCCUUUAUAGCUGCCGGAGCAUCUGUGUCUGCUACUUUCAACAACAACAUCCAAUACAAAUUUGACACCGAUGGCAACUCAAUCGAUUCCACAAGCGGGAAAAUUGACUUUUUCGACGGAGCAUAUAUAUGGUAUGGCCUUGCAAAUGGAUGUGGACGUGUAUUCUGCGGCAUUCUCUCGUGGUCAUCAACGGAUCUUCAGACCUGGCAUCCCAAUGGCUUCCUGUUUGAUCCCAACACGCCACAGAUUCAAGAUUUCUGCGCGCCGCCAUUGUCAGGCAAUUGCGGUAGACCUCACAUCGUCUAUAGCAAGAGCACAAAAACCUAUGUCCUCUGGCUUGACGAAGGAUCUCCCGGUUUCGCGCUCUUUACUAGUAGUCGACCAACCAGCGGCUAUACUCUUAGUGCAAACCGAGCUCUAGUUGGCUAUCAACCACCAGGACCUUUCAAAGCAGGCGACUUCAGUGUAGCAGUUAUCAACGGCACCGGCUACAUCGCCUACUCUCUCCUUGACUUCAGCACCGUUGGGGCCUCCAUCUGGCCCCCCUUCGUCCAGAGCAUCUACGUCCAACAGCUUACACCAUCACUCCUUAACACCACCGGCAACGUUACCCAUGUCGUCUCAGCGGCCAGUGACCUCGUUGACCUGUCUGCCGAAUCGCCAGAUAUCUUCCGUCGAGGUGAUUAUUUCUAUAUCACGGCAUCCAACACGUGCGGUUUCUGCACCGGCACUCUACUCGUGGUGUACCGAUCAAAAACCAUCAUCGGGCCCUGGAUCCGCCAAAUAAUCAGCGCCGACACCUGCGGCGGGCAAACCACUGGCGUUCUCACCCUUCCCGGCCCUUCCGGCCGUGGGGACGCAUCCUAUCUCCAUCAAGCGGAUCUCUUCAGCACGGCGCCCUUAACAGGGAUACGAACAGCCGCCCACGCCCAUCAAUUCCAACUAUUGACGUUCUCUGAUCUUGAUGGCAGCGUUAAUGACCUAAACUGUACCCUCUCACACAGCGCAACUGCCUCCGUCAUCAAAGGAACCCUCCCGAAAUCAGGCAAACCCUCCCACGAACCCACCGUCUCCUCCCCCGACCCCUUAGAAACACCCUACACACCCUCCUGUCUCCUCCCAACCUACCAACUCUACCAAACCUUCAUCUCCCCAAAGACAGGCAAGCUCUCCACAGUAAGCGUCAAUAUCGCCGGCAUAGCAAAUUCCACAGGCACUUUACAGUUAACCAUCUUCCGUUACGACAAUACUACCGCCUUCUACACACCAUUCUACAAAUGGGAUACACUGGCAACGGCAUCCAUACCCGGGUCAUCCAUCUCGCAGGCAUUCGAAGCUAUUAGCGUCCCUGUGAACAGUAACAUAAAGGCGAACGAUAAAUUGGGUAUUGCCGUUGUGUGGGAGGGGGUUGCUCCACUGUGCGUUAUGGUUACGGGUGCUACGGGAACAGGUGGGGACGGAAGAUGUCCUAUUGAGAAGGGCCCGGGAGGGAGUGGACGGGACGGCAGUCUCUUCGCUAUUGGUGCCGCUCAGGUGAGUUUCCGUGGGAAGGUCGGGAAGACCCCUCCAAUUGUUGUUCUGGACGGUGAGAUUAAGUGGGCUGCUGUAAUUAACUAG